AUGGCUGCUAUCUUCGAACCUUCUGCACUGCCCCAGUGGCCAAAUAAAAAUCAAGGGUCUGAGGUGCUCUGCCAUCUGCACAGUAAGAAAUUCGAACUCUUCUGUCUGGAGGAUAAACAGCCUGUUUGUCUGGUGUGCAGAGACUCAAAGAAACACAUCAAGCACACCUUCCGUCCUGUAGAUGAAGCAGCAAGUGACUUUAAGUUGGAAAUGAAGGCUAAACAGAUGACCUUAGAGAAGAGCCUGCAGAACCUUCAAGACCAAAAGUGCAUUUAUGAUACAACAGCACAACAUAUAAAGUCUCAGGUGCAGCAGACAGAGACACAGAUCAAAAAGGCUUUUGAGAUGCUUCACCAGUACCUACGCGAUGAAGAGACAGCCAGGAUAGCUGCACUGAGGGAGGAAGAGGAGCAGAAGAGUCAGAUGAUGGAGAAGAAAAUUGAGGAGAUGAGCAGAGAGAUCUCGUCUCUUUCAGACACAAUCAGAGCCAUAAAGGAGGAGAUUAAAUCUGAUGAUGUCACAUUCCUGCAGAAUUUCAAGAUCACAGAGGAAAGAGCCCAGUGCACACUGCAGGAUCCAGAGAGGCUUUCAGGAGCGCUGAUCAAUGUGGCAAAGCACCUGGGCAACCUGAAGUUCAGAGUCUGGGAGAAGAUGCAGGAGACUGUACAAUAUAUUCCUGUCACUCUGGAUCCCAACACUGCACACCCAGAACUCGCUAUCUCUGAGGAUAUGAGCAGUGUAAGACAGGGUGAAAAGAGACAGCAUCUUCCUGAUAACCCAGAAAGAUUCAGACAUCAUUGGUAUGUCUUGGGCUCUGAGGGCUUUGACUCAGGGACACACUACUGGGAUGUGGAGGUUGGGGAGAACAACGAGUGGAGUGUGGGUGUGAUGGCAGAUUCUUUCCAGAGGAAGGGAGAUUUCUCCACCAUAAGUGGCCAGUGGUUUGUGAAUUAUUAUGGUGGCAAGUAUAGAGCAGGUGCUCCACCACAGCCCCCCACUCUCCUCACAAUGAAGCAGAAACUCCAGAGGAUCAGAGUGCAGCUGGACUGGGACAGAGGAGAGCUGACAUUCACUGAUCCUCAUAGUGCCAGGAAAAAGGAUAGUGAUUGGAAAAAGUUAUUUUCUCUCUCCAACACUGACAAACAAAUACAUACUUUCAAAAUCUCUUUCACUGAAAAAGUUUACCCAUUCCUCAACACUGGACCAUGCCCUCUUAGGAUUGUAUCGUCAACAGUCUCAACGUCUGAAAAAAGGACUCAAUUCUGAAAUGUACAGUAUUCUCUCAAAGCAAAUUAAGGGUAAGGGUAUUGUUAUUUGCAGGACAAUUCAUGUGUUUCAGAAAUUGUUCCCCCUGGUAGGCCUAUGUGCACUCCAGCUCAGCACUGCACAGUUGUAGUUUUAUUUUUAACCCUCAGAUGUAAAAGUGGAGGCAGCCUUUGCCUACUGGUUAA